UGCCGAUGGUCGGGUGUAGCUCUAUAAAAACGGAGAUGAGCCACGCUGUGGAGUCGUCCGCAACAACUUGCCUCUAGUGCUUGCCCCUACCUCCCGAUUCGCUCCCCGAGUGCCCGACUCUUGCAGACAUGCACAAGUUCGUUAUUCUCCUCGCCUUCAUCUGCGUCGCCGCUGCGCAGAGGGGUGGCUUCAACGCGGUGCAGGAGAACUACCCUCCGAUCCCGUACUCCUUCAACUACGCCAGCCAGGACGCCGAGGGCUCGCACACGCGAGAGGAGAGCGGAGACGGCAACGGACGCGUGACGGGCCGCUACACCAUGACGCUGGCCGACGGCCGCACCCGUACCGUCAGCUACACGGCCGACGAGAACGGCUACCGCGCCGAGAUCGUCACCAACGAGUUGGGCACCGAGUCCAAGAACCCCGCCGACGUCGUGAUCCAGUCUAGCGCGCCGACCGGACCAGAGGCCGCCAUCGCCAACGAGGGCAACCGUCCCCGCGCCCCCGCCGGUCCCAGGGCGGGCUGAGCAGAACGUCUCACCCUUGAAGCGAGCUUCGCCUCGGAACACCUCCGCUUCCCCGGCGUGUGAUUCCGUGUUACGACUACGGAAAGACCCCCGCGCCAGGCGAGAGCGCCAGGCGCGUUCCCUGUCGCUCUGCCGGGCGUUGUAAAUUUUUCUUCCUCCUUCUCGGUCGUCCUUUCUCAUUCCGUCCUCCCACGUUGUCCCGUGUCUGUUGUUCCUCGUGUGUCACCUCGACGCCCUUUUCCUCCGCGUGUUGAAUGUGGGGUUGGGUAUGCGUAUCCUUUGUACUCGUCGCUUUUCCGCCGCCAUUGCGAGUGAAGACACCUCCCCCACCUCUGUUUAAAGCGUGCCAAAAGCAUCGCUCCGGGUUUCGAACUGCCGCUUUCUUUCCUAGCGACGCUCAAGGACCUGCUAACGCGGUGUGGGUGCCACGCUUGCCUUGCCAUGGAAGCGGGUUUCCUGCCUGCCGCUUUGUCUAAAGGGUGUCACCUGCGUUGCCGUCGUUGUCGUGCGGUAUUCUAUAGUGACCGCUACUUUUGUAGUCGCCUCACAUGCCCUUCCGAUCACUCCUAUUCACCUCUCCUUCAUUCCUUCAUUACAGCACGUGCCAAGGUGCGCGGUAUCAAAGCUGCCUUUCGUGCUGCGCUCAUGAGUGUUUCGUCUCUCACGUCUCGUUUUCACCAUGUCAUUGCCGGCUGCACGAGACCGUCGUUUGUCCUGUUCCCCGCGUCUUUUCACUGCUAUGAAUAUAUUAAAAAAAUAGUCCUACUUCUCGAAUCGGGUUGCCUCUUUUGUGUAACUGUUGAGCACAAUAAAGAGUGGUACUCAUGUUCCAC